GUAAUUGAGAGAGAUACAAAAGAGAAACUGUAAGGAGAGCGAGAGAGCGAGAGAGAGAGAGAGAGAGAGAGAGAGAGCAAAAAAGCUAAAGAAGAGAGAGUUUGUUUAGCUGAUGAACAAUGGAGGAAGACAUCAGAAAGAAAGGAAUGCUCUAUCAGCUGCAGCAUCGCUUCGGAAAGAAGUGGAAGAAGGUGUGGUGUGUGCUGCUGGCUGACAGCAUGAACAGCGUGGCUCGGCUGGUGAUCUACGAGUUCAGGCAGGCGUCGGUGAAGGAAAACCAUGGUGGGAAGAGGCCCGAGACUAAAAAGGUGAUCCUGCUGCGGGACUGCAUUCAGAUCACAGAGAGCAAGAGUGGGGAGUGCCCGAAAAACUGUAGCACCUUCCAGCUGGAAACCACCAACAAAAUCUACACGUUUGCUGCGAACGAGCCAGACGUCCAAAGCUGGGUCGCAGAACUGUGCAGGCUGGCUUUCCCAUUGAACCAAGCUGAGAGCAGAUUAGCCGGGCAUGGCAGUGUCCUUCAACCCCCUGUGAGAGAUCCCUCGUCUGUGGAGAUGAAGGAAAACUCUCUCUAUGAGACCGCCGCCAGUGCACGAGAUUUCCUGGUCAUUGCAAUGGACACAGAAGCGGCAAUCCGGUGUAAACUGUACGGCGAAUACUUUCUGACCCCACAUGAUGACUGCAUUCUCCUAAAGGACUGUAAAACCAAACAGGUCAUCCUCUCCUGGCCGUACUGCUUCAUCCGGAAAUUCGGGCAGGACAGGCUGUCGUUCUCCUUUGAGGCCGGUCGCAGGUGUCAAACUGGUGAGGGAAGCUUUGAGUUUACAACCACCAAUGGAGAAAGCAUCUUCAGAAUCAUCAGCGACGCCAUCCAGAACCUUCCGUCGGCCGAAAAACCAGCAAAUAAACCCAAAAACUCAAAAAAAGCAGAUCCCGCUCCACAAAGCAUGGAUGACACAUGUGUUUACAGUACAGUAAACCACACAUCAUCUGACUGUGCAGGCCAGGAUGCCAUGCUUUCUUCUGGCCCAAAGCAGCGCUCAUUAAAAAAACUGACCCCAAACUUCAGGAGCUUGUCACUGAACUCCAUUGAACCUCCAAACAAGGGCCAAGUAAGGAGUAUCAAUAGCUGCCCUUCUUCUACUUCCUCUUCAACCCCUCAAGCCCAGGAGCCUCUUUAUGCUAGCAUUAGCAAACUUCGCGGUCAAAAUGAGUCAAAAAAUGACCAAAAAGCCCGCCAGCAUGGCAUCAAAGACUACAUACACGAGCUUGGUCCACUUCCUGAUCCUCUGGAGAGCAUGACUUAUUCUCAAGAAGAACCCAUAGAAACAUCUCAGAAGGACCUGCUUGGUCUGUCUGAGGACUACACUGCUGAAGCCAUUUAUGCAGAACCAGAAGACUAUGAGGCCAGGGCCCCUUGGGAGGUGACUGAUGCUUAUAAUCACCCAGAGGAGAUAGAAAAUGAUAUAGACGAUGAGAAAAACGGAGAAGAACAUGAGGACUAUACGCCAGAUGGAUUCUCCACCUAUGAUAACCUGAUGAGUAAAAGAAAGAUAUAAUGUUGUGAUAAGGUCUUAAGCUAAUGUCCCUUUAUCGCUGUGUUAAUAAUAGGAAUAUCAUUAAUAUCAAAGGUAAAGUUAACAUCUACAAAACCAUAUCCAGUGGUUUUUCAAAAUUUCUGCAUCAUGAAAUAGAAAGACAUAAACAAAGUCAUUCAGAGUGGUUUGAUGUAAAAUGUUUAAUUGCAGAGAGUAAGUUAUUACAUGAAAUGAGUAUGAAUACAUUGCCUGAAGCCUGAAACACUGAGCAAUUAAUAAUCUGAUAAUGGCAAAAAAGAUUAUUUUGUAAAUAUUCCAAUUAAUGCAUUGACAUGCUCUUAGGUAAUCAGAUAAUGGGAAAACUCUGGGCUUACAUGAGUCAGACAGUAAUCAGAUUUCUGCUUUGUAACCGGCCGAUAAACUCAUAGAAGAAGACAUAAACGUAAUGUAAAACUCAAACUUCAUACUUUUUUUAAAUACAUUAAUUUAUCUGAAAAUAUUGACAUACAUCAUCUAGAAGAUGAAGAAUAUUUAAAUACUUCAUUUCAUAAAGUCGGAUUCGGUUUUCAUUCCAAAAGCGUUUUGCUGCAUCUUGCAGUAACGCUGCUUGCUUAUUUCUGAUACCGCCGUCUGAGACUGAGAAAUCCGAAAGAAAUCAGAGUAAGAGUUUACAUGCACUGAGAAAUCUGAUUACUGAGCUAAAAUCCAGCCUCUGUAUUGGAUUUCUAAAUGGAUGGUUUAUACAACCAUUUGAAUAAUCAGAUAACCACAGAAAUUAGAUUAUGAUCAGAUUAUUGAGGGCAUUUAUGUUUUUACAAUAAUUUUGAAAAGAAGGCAAGUAGAAAUCUUGUUUUUUCCAUAUUUAUCACUCUUUUCCCAUCAUAAACAUUCCAUAUAAAACUUAGAAGGCACGUGUAAGUUCACUAGUCCUUUUGUGUUGUAGACAUGGCGGCAAAUGGUUCCUAUCACCACCACUGUAAGGAAAUCACUAAAUUCUAUAAAAUGCAUCAUAUCCAAGCAAACCACUCUGAAUGACUUUGUCUACAUUUCAAAAAUUCAAUUAUGUGGAGGUUUGGAAUCUCCUUUUAAUAGCACAAGGAAGAAAUGUUAAAAACCCUUUAUGGCAUAUUGUUGCAUUAAUUUAUCAAGUACAAUGUAAAAGCUUGUUUUAUUUCUUUUUUCUUAGGGAAAAUUGGGGGCUUUAUGUGUAACUUGGUAGACUUUCAUCUGAUCACAUACUUUCGAAAUUGAGUCUGUACCUCUUUUCACACAGUUCACAUGUUGAUGUCUAGCUCCUGAAUAGCUCCCAAACCAUAAACAGACGUAUAAUUCCAUGUUUACACACAACUACUAAUCAAGACAAAAACACAAUCAUUGGAAGGUUAUAAUUUCUUUUUCAUAAAUAAAGCUUCGUUAGAUUUUAUUUGUCUUAAAAAAUUUGCAAAAAUAACAUUGUUGCCAUAAGGCAACAGCAUGCACCAAUGGAACUGCAGUAUUGAAUAUGCUCUCGUUGGACACCAAGCUGAUGUUGUUUUAAUCAUUAUAAUUAUUUUUAUACUUUUCUGUUUUUAAAUCAUUCAUACAUAUAUGGCUUUUAUGCUGUCAUGUUUUCUUGUCUUGCCUCAAAGAUAAAUGUUUCCUAUGGCAGGACAUGAAUUCACUUUCAUUCUGUGCUUACAGACCACAUUGUGACAUGCUGUUGCUAUAUGGCAACAAAAUGAAAAGUAUGCCUUCUUCCCAAGAACUCCCCAACCGAAACUUUUAAAAAUAUAAAAAAAUACUUCUAAUAAUUAUAACAUUUUCAACAGGAAAACCUAUUUUAUUGUUUUUCAUAUAUAUUUCCUAAAUUAUGCUGUAAAGGGUUAAAAUCUGUUAGUGUAAUAGUAAAGUCUUGAAAAGUUUUGAAGUUCAAAAUGUAAUAUCAAAUAAUAUUCAAUAUUAAUAUUCAAAGUAUUAAAAUAAAAUAGAAUACAAAGUCAAAAUAUGUUGCAUCAGCACCAUUUCUGCCAGACAUAAGUAAGCUAAAGGACAAAACAGUGUUGACAUAAUACUAUUUCUUGAAUUCAUAUGAAAAUUAUGGAUGCAUUUACAUAAAGUGAGUUUAGAGCAGCACUUUUUAGUGCAGUCAUCAAGAAAUGAAAAGCUGGAAUUUUCAAAUGAUGUAAACAAAAAUGUAAAAAUGGAGUUAUAAGUAAAUUAGCACAGCGAUGAUAUGGCUCUGUUUACUUCUGUUAGUGUGAUAGCAUUGUAGCAUGAAUAGGAUGUAGAACAGAAUGUGCUAUGAAUAUGCAUGAACAGAAUAUGCUAUUCUGCAUGCAUGUAUGUUUAAAGUAUAUGCAUCCAGAUGUACAGUAAUUUAUGUGCAUAAUUAUUUGCUGUUAUUGAUUUAUCUGUGUAUUUAUCAAAAAUAUGAUUUGAUCAUUAUUAUUAUUUUUUAACUAUGCUAAUGCAAAUAUUUUAAUCCUUUAAAUCUAUUUCUAGUUCUAUUCUGUUUCAUAUUGUCAACUUAUUCAACCUGU